ACCUGGCGGGUCAGCCACAGCACACGUCCAGGCCCGGCCUCAGCUUCCUCCCCGUGCACAGCAACAGCUUGCUGUCCCUCACGAGGGAGAGGGGGGACACUGUGCCAGCAGCCACCGGGAGCUGGGUAGGUGAGGGAUCUUGCUGCAAGACCCUGGCCUGGGUUGGACUGAGGGUCUGGACUCAAGCUGUAGCUGCAGGGCCUGGCCUUGUCCCCAACUGCCCUGUACCUCCGUUUAUCCCGAUAAAGUGGGGCACCCGUGCCAGGGGUGCAGAGCCUGGGGCAGUGGGGACAUGGAAGGGGUGCCGGGCCAGGACGCUGCAGCCCUACAGGACACCUGGACAGGCUCCCAAGCACUAAGAGCCUGACGGGCUUCCUGCGUCUCAGCUGACUGGAUUUCUCACGGUUGGCUUCUGGGGUCUUUUGUGUACGGGGCUUGUCCGGGCUGGUUCCUGGGGCCUCGUGUGUGGAAGUUACAUGCGCUUUCUUCCUCUCUGACACCAAGGCUUGAACUGGGUGUCCGGGGAUGUGGGAUGAGGUCCCCACACAUGUGCUCAUGUCUCCCUUGCUCAGCUACGAGGCCAUAGGGAAACGUGGGGGAGCCACAGAGAGGCCCAAGGUGCCCCUGAGCGUGCUGAGCCCCGCAGCGGCCCUGGGAGCAGACAGAAGCACGGGGGGCUUUAAGCUUUAAGAGUGGUUUCCAUUCUGAGCCCAAGUAGAUCUGCCGUAUGUGACUGGGCAGGUCGUGCCCUGCACAGGGGCCCUCAGCUGAGAGCACAGAGGCCACAGGUCCAGACGGCACUCCACCCUGACACUGGGCUUCAUCUCUCAGCAGAGGGAGGGGCGUCUCUGAUCGUGUGCGGGUGCUGGGCGGCUUGCAGGGAUCCUCGCCUUAAGCAGCUGACUGAUUGCAGGCGCACGGGCGGUACCGUAAGGGUCUGUGUCCUCUGGCCUUCUGCCUGUCCUGUGCUGCCUCUCACAGAUUCCCAUGAAGUGGGGCAUGUGUGGGACCAGCAGGUCUGCCCAGUGGAAGGAGCGGGGUGGACACUCGAUAUCAGAGUCCCUGGUGUCCCCUUAGCUGCCGCCUCAGUGGCCCGGGCUGACCUGAUCCCAUGAGUGAGCUCUUCCAGACGGGCCCGUGGUGUCCCCCACAGAUAGGCGCACCCAGCGACUGCAAGCGGAGGGGAAGAGGGUGAGAUGAGGGGCAGGUGCGUGAGGCAGGUGCCCAUGACCCUCUUCUAGGGCCUCGCCGCUCCCCACCCGGAGCCACAGCUCCGGCCAGUUGCAGGUGGAGCGGCGCUGGGCUCGGCCGGGCCGGGCACCUCCUUCCCUACUGGUCUGGCAUCUUGAAGGGUGCGUUCGUGGCCAAAGAGGACCUGUGCUGACCACCAUCAGGCCUCUCUGGCCACCAUGUGGAGGGGCUGGGUCCCUCUUCAGAGUCAGGCCUGAGGGCCGAGUCCACAUCACCAUGGAGACCGUCGGGAAGCUGUAGAGUGUGGCGUUUGUCGGGCUACGGGCUCGGGCGCCACCUGAUCUUUGGUGUUCUGCUGGGCAGCUUGCUGAGAUGGGCAGAGGCGCAAAUGAGGCCGCCUGGCCGGGCAGACCCUGCUCCUAAUGCUGUUUCCUCGUGAGCCCCAGCAAACUAGCCGUUGUGGCGUUUGUUGGUUUGGGGAUUGGGAGGCACGAGUCUGUCGGUCUGUGCAUUAGCUGGGGAGCCUGAUUCUCCGAACUGGACGCUGCUGAUUAACUGGGAACCAGAUGGGUGGGGGGCUGAUCUCCAGCGGAGCUUCCCGGCCAGGCUGGGGCCAGCGCAGCGGGCGUGGUCACCCAGACCGGAGCUCCCUGGCCACGGUGGAGCGGCCUGUGCGCUGGGUCUGGCCAGCUCUCUGUGGACGCCAGCUGUGUUGCUGUCUUGCCCCUCGCAGAUGACGGGAAGCUGUCCUUGGAGGAGUUCCGGCUCUUCUUUGCGGACGGCGUCUUGGCCGAGGAGGAGCUGGAGGGCCUCUUCCGCACCAUCGACGCGGACAGCACCAAAUUACUUUGUGGACCACAUGGGAGACUAUGAGGACGUCUUGGCCUCCCUGGAGACAUUGAAUCACUCUGUGCUGAAGGCCAUGGGCUACACCAAGAAGGUGUACGAGGGCGGGAGCAACGUAGACCAGUUUGUGACCCGCUUCCUCCUGAAGGAGACAGCCAAUCAGAUCCAGUCGCUGCUUAGCUCUGUGGAGAGUGCGGUAGAGGCCAUCGAAGAGCAGACCAGCCAGAUCCGACAGAACCACAGCAAACCUGGCCACAGUGGCACGGGCACCUGGUAUGGAAGCCCCUCUCCUCUCCACGCUCCCAACCACAAGCUCAUGGCCACGGAGCCAGGGAAGAGCCUGCCAUCUGCCACCGGGGACCCGAAGGAGGAGGGUCUGGAAGCCCAGAUCAGCCGGCUGGCAGACCUGAUUGGGAGGCUGGAGAACAAGACGCUCUGGUUUGACCUGCAGCAGCGCCUGUCGGAUGAAGAAGGCAGCAACAUGCACCUGCAGCUCGUCCGGCAGGAGAUGGCCGUGUGCCCCGAGCAGCUGAGCGAGUUCCUGGACUCCCUGCGACAGUACUUGCGGGGCACCGCUGGAGUAGGGAGCUGCUUCCACAUCACCGCCGUGAGGUUGUUGGACGGCUUCACCUUCGUCAUCUAUGAGUUCUGGGAGACAGAGGAGGAGUGGAAGAGGCACCUGCAGAGCCCCAUGUGCAAGGCAUUCCGGCACGUCAAGGUGGACACGCUGCGCCAGCCUGAGGCCCUCUCCCGGAUCUCGGUGCCAGCCGCCUGGUGCACUGUGGGCCGAGACUGACCACCUCCGCGCCUGCACUGGCUGCCGCCACCCCUUCUCGUCGAGGACCCCCUUUUCUAGAAACUUUGGUACGCGCGCAGUCUUUUCAAUAUACUUCUCAACAAGAAUGUAUCUCCCUGUGGUUUGAAGUGAAAGCGGCCCCCGCCCGGGGCACCUCCCCGCCCCCGCCCAAGCUGGCAGAGCGCCUGUGCUCUGGGGUCCCAUGGAGGCUCCUGGGGCUGGCGUCCCACCGUCCUUCCUGCCCCCAGUGGCCUCGCAGGCCCAGCCUGCUGCGGCUCGGCAGGCCGCGCCCCUCCACCUCGACAUUCCCCUCCCCAGUAGGAGCCGUGACCCUGUAGUGCCCAACCUAGGCCUGGGACAAGCCCAGGAGUGGCAGCAGUGCCCCUGUAUCAGCACCACCAAAUAAACCCUCGCUGGGAACAGCGCGUGCUGUGUCUGCUUCCCCUUCCCAUGAGUGACGGCGGGCCGGCCGGAC